GUCGCACUUAAACAGGCCAGACACGCGCAGCAAAAUAUGGCGGCAAUAUCCCCCGAGUGGCUUACACGCGACUACGUGGAGCAAGCACUGCGUACCUUUUAUAAGGAUGCUGCUCUAAAACUUAUACACUUGGAUAUAAAUCCAGCUUUGGGUCCGGGAGAGAAUUACGGCGGUGUCUUAACACGCAUGCUCGUCCGUUUUAGGUUAUCCAAUGAAACCGAUGAAAAAAAAAAUCAUCUCAUUGUGAAGACUUCAAUAGAGGACGAUGAGUUGUCCCAGGAACUUAUGUCCCACUAUGACAUCUUUAAUCGCGAAAUUACCAUUUACGAGGAGGUGCUGCCCAAGCUCAAUGAGUUGCUGAUCGAGAUUGACGAAUACGAGCAGCUGUUUCCAACAGCUUUAUAUGUGGACAGAGAGCGUAGUGCCAUCAUAUUCGAGGACUUGAGCAUUAAGGGCUAUGUGAUGGCCGAUCGCAUAAAGCGUCUGGAUACAGAGCAUGUCCAGCUCAUAUUGCGAAAACUGGCCAAGAUGCACGCUACGUCGGCAGCUUUAAACGAACGCAACAAUGGAUGCCUGGAGGGAUAUGAUCGGGGAUUUUUCAAUCGAUAUACGAAUGCCUAUAGCGGCUACUUUGUGGGCAGUCUAUUGGCUGCAGCUCGCUGGUUAUCCAAGAGGUCCGAGUGCGUCCAUUAUGCACAAAAGCUCUUUGAACUGGCUCCGCACUAUAUGGAUAUUGGCAGGGAAUGCUUUCAUCCCACACCCGGACAUGUCAACGUUCUGGCCCAUGGCGAUGUGUGGACCAACAAUGUCAUGUUCAAAUAUGAUCCGAAAACGGGCAGACCGGUGGAUGUAUUGCUAAUUGACUUCCAAUACUCCUUCUGGGGCUCCCCGACUAUCGAUUUGCAUCACCUUUUCAAUACGUCAUUGCAGGAAAAAUUACGGCGUGAGGAGCAGAACUCAUUCUUUCAGUUCUACCAUCGUAUCUUCACGAGCACCCUCAGAAAAUUGAAUUACCGUCAGAAUACCAUACCUACUCUACAUCAGUUUAAAUUGCAAGUGGAGAAGAAACGCUUCUUCGCCGUACACUCCACCGUGGUCAUACAACCAGUAAUGAUAAACGAAGACCCUACAGAUGCCUCCUUUAAUGCGCUAAUGAACGAUGAUGAACGUGGAACUAGCUUCAAGGAUCGACUCUACAACAAUCCUGAAGUACAGCAGAAUUUAAAGCACUUUCUGCCAGUAUUCGAAAGAAAGGGACUUUUAGAAGUAAAUCAAUGCUCUUAGAAUAAUUCUGUUGAUUAAAAGUGGUCAACAAAUAUGUUUAAAAUUUAAUAAUAAAUACUUGUUAGUUAAAAUAGA